AUGGCGGCCCGGAGCGCCCCGAGCUGCCACCUGCGGCUCGAGUGGGUGUACGGCUACCGGGGCCACCAGUGCCGCAACAACCUCUACUACACCGCGGCCAAGGAGAUCGUGUACUUCGUGGCGGGGGUCGGCGUGGUGUACAGCCCGCGGGAGCACCGGCAGAAGUUCUACCGGGGCCACAGCGACGACAUCAUCAGCCUUGCGUUACAUCCUGAACGAGUAUUGGUAGCAACAGGACAAGUUGGGAAAGAGCCUUAUAUCUGUGUUUGGGAUUCAUAUACUGUGCAGACCAUAUCAAUUCUAAAAGAUGUUCAUACCCAUGGUGUAGCUUGCUUAGCAUUUGACUUGGAUGGACAGCGCUUGGUUUCAGUUGGACUUGAUUCAAAGAAUGCAGUUUGUGUUUGGGAUUGGAAAAGGGGAAAAAUGUUGUCUAUGGCUCCUGGUCACACAGAUAGAGCGGGAAUUUUUAGCAUGAAUGCUUGCGAGGAAGGCUUUGCUACUGGUGGCAGAGAUGGCUGUAUUCGUCUUUGGGAUUUAACUUUUAAACCAAUUACUUUCUGGAGUUUAUGUGGAAAUGCUCUGACCCCAAAACGAGGUGUCUUUGGUAAGACGGGUGACCUUCAGACAAUAUUGUGCCUAGCCUGUGCAAGGGAUGAAUUAACAUAUUCUGGUGCACUCAAUGGGGAUAUAUAUGUUUGGAAAGGAAUCAAUCUUAUACGAACAAUACAAGGAGCCCAUACUGUAAGUUUGUCUGUGAGAAGUGUUUGUUGGCGAGGUGACCACAUUCUAGUUGGAACACAGGACAGCGAAAUUUUUGAAAUUGUGGUACAAGAAAGAAAUAAACCUUUCCUAAUUAUGCAAGGUCACUGUGAAGGUGAACUUUGGGCACUUGCUAUCCAUCCUACUAAACCUUUGGCUGUGACAGGAAGUGAUGAUCGUUCGGUCAGGAUAUGGAGCCUAGUAGAUCAUGCAUUAAUAGCAAGGUGUAAUAUGGAAGAACCAAUUCGUUGUGCAGCUGUAAAUGCAGAUGGAGUCCAUCUUGCCCUUGGAAUGAAGGAUGGCUCAUUCACCGUACUUCGAGUAAGGUAUGGAGGAAAAGAAGUGACAAGUACAGAAGAAAUAAAAGGUGUUCAUUGGGCUUCAUGGACAUGUGUUUCAGGCCUUGAAGUAAAUGGAAUUUGGCCCAAGUAUUCAGAUAUUAAUGAUAUAAAUUCAGUAGAUGGAAAUUAUAUUGGCCAAGUUUUAGUUACAGCUGAUGACUAUGGAAUUGUAAAAUUAUUCCGAUAUCCAUGUUUAAGAAAAGGGGCCAAGUUUAGAAAAUAUAUUGGCCAUUCAGCUCAUGUAACUAAUGUCAGAUGGUCACAUGAUUAUCAGUGGGUUAUUUCUAUUGGUGGAGCAGAUCACUCUGUCUUUCAGUGGAAAUUUAUUCCUGAAAGAAAACUAAAAGAUGCUCUUCACAUAGCCCCUCAAGAAAGUCUGGCUGACUCCAAUAGUGAUGAAUCAGAUUCAGAUCUGUCUGAUGUUCCAGAACUGGAUUCUGAAAUUGAACAAGAGACACAGCUCACCUACCGUCGGCAGGUUUACAAAGAAGAUCUACCUCAGCUUAAAGAACAAUGCAAAGAGAAACAAAAAAGUGCUACUUCUAAAAGAAGAGAGCGGCUUCCAGGAAAUAGUAUUCGAUUACACUUUGUUCAUGGUUACAGAGGUUAUGACUGUCGAAGUAAUUUGUUUUAUACCCAAAUUGGUGAAAUUGUGUACCAUGUGGCUGCAGUGGGUGUCAUUUAUAAUCGACAACAGAACACACAGCGUUUUUACCUGGGUCAUGAUGACGAUAUUCUCUGCCUGGCUAUUCAUCCUUUGAAAGACUACGUGGCAACAGGCCAGGUAGGUAGGGAUCCCUCAAUUCACAUAUGGGAUACAGAGACCAUUAAACCAUUGUCGAUAUUAAAGGGCUGUCACCAAUAUGGUGUUUGUGCUGUUGAUUUCUCAGCGGAUGGGAAACGUUUGGCUUCAGUUGGGAUAGAUGAUAGCCACACUAUUGUGCUGUGGGACUGGAAGAAAGGAGAGAAACUUUCAAUAGCAAGAGGAAGUAAAGAUAAGAUUUUUGUUGUAAAGAUGAACCCCUAUGUGCCUGAUAAACUAAUUACAGCUGGAAUUAAACACAUGAAAUUUUGGCGUAGAGCAGGGGGAGGAUUGAUUGGAAGAAAAGGCUACGUAGGCACACUGGGGAAAAAUGACACAAUGAUGUGUGCAGUGUACGGAUGGACUGAAGAGAUGGCUUUUUCUGGAACAUCCACAGGAGAUGUGUGUAUCUGGAGAGAUGUCUUUCUUGUAAAAACAGUUAAAGCACAUGAUGGGCCAGUGUUCAGUAUGCAUGCAUUGGAAAAAGGAUUUGUAACUGGAGGAAAAGAUGGUGUGGUAGCUCUUUGGGAUGACUCCUUUGAAAGAUGUCUCAAAACCUAUGCUAUAAAAAGAGCUGCUUUGGCCCCAGGAUCUAAAGGUCUUCUCUUGGAAGAUAAUCCAUCCAUACGUGCCAUAUCAUUAGGACAUGGUCAUAUCUUAGUUGGCACAAAGAAUGGUGAAAUACUAGAAGUGGAUAAAAGUGGCCCAAUAACACUUCUGGUUCAGGGACACAUGGAAGGAGAGGUGUGGGGUUUGGCUACACAUCCUUAUCUGCCCAUCUGUGCUACUGUAAGUGAUGAUAAAACCUUAAGAAUAUGGGAUCUGUCUCCUAGUCAUUGUAUGUUGGCUGUCCGGAAGCUGAAAAAGGGUGGGAGGUGUUGCUGUUUUUCUCCUGAUGGUAAAGCUUUAGCUGUAGGUCUUAAUGAUGGAAGUUUCUUAAUGGCAAAUGCAGAUACUCUAGAGGAUCUUGUGUCUUUUCACCACAGAAAAGAUAUUAUUUCAGAUAUUCGAUUUUCACCUGGUUCUGGGAAGUAUCUAGCUGUAGCAUCCCAUGACAGCUUCAUAGAUAUAUACAAUGUAAUGAGUAGUAAACGAGUAGGAGUAUGCAAAGGAGCUACCAGUUACAUAACCCACAUUGAUUGGGAUAUUAGAGAAAAAAUUGCUUGGGCAUCAUGGACAAGUGUUCUUGGUUUAUGCUGUGAGGGAAUUUGGCCAGUAAUUGGAGAAGUCACAGAUGUAACUGCUUCUUGCCUCACCAGUGACAAAAUGGUUCUAGCUACUGGAGAUGAUUUGGGAUUUGUGAAGUUGUUUAGAUAUCCUACUAAAGUAUGCUAUGACAGUGAUGUUACAAGAGAGAAUGAAAUCAGUUAUACCAUCAGAGCCUUAUCUACAAAUAUUCGCCCAAUGUUUGGAAUCAAGCCUCAUUUGCAACAAAAAGAACCUUCAAUUGAUGAGAGGCAGGGAGUAGUAAGAGGUUCAAGGCCCCCAGUGAGCAGGGCCCCGCCACAGCCAGAGAAACUCCAGACAAACAAUGUCGGCAAGAAAAAGAGACCCAUAGAGGACCUUGUGUUGGAGCUUGUUUUUGGUUAUCGAGGCAGAGAUUGUAGGAAUAAUGUUCACUAUUUGAAUGAUGGUGAUGAUAUAAUUUAUCACACUGCAUCCAUUGGAAUUCUACACAAUGUUGCUACAGGUUCUCAGAGUUUUUAUCAGGAACAUAAUGAUGAUAUUCUGUGCCUCACUGUGAAUCAGCACCCCAAAUUUAUCAACAUAGUGGCAACUGGCCAAUAUGAUGAUGAAAAAAUUAUCAGUGGCCUACAAGAUAAUUCUAUUGAGAUUUGGGAUAAAACCAGCCUGGAAUGUUUUAAAGUGUUAACAGGACCCACAGGCUCUGUCCUCUGUCUCCAGUAUGAUGAAUGUGUCAUUGUAACUGGUUCUUCAGACUCUACAGUGAGAGUCUGGGAUGUGAACAUGGGUGGAGUUCUUAACACAUUGAUCCACCACAAUGAGGCUGCACUGCACUUACGCUUCAGGGGUGAACUGAUGGUGACCUGUUCCGAGGACUGUUCCAUUGCUGUGUGGGACAUGGCUUCUGCCACUGAUAUCACUUUACACUGGGUCCUGGUUGGCCACUGUGCUGCUGUCAACGUAGUAGACUUUGAUAGUAAGUACUGUCCAUCUCUGGUGACAGGACCAUCACAAUCUGUAGCACGAGUACCUGUGAAUUUGUUCGCAGUCUCAAUGGACACAACUACAGCUCCUUCUAUCCACAUCUGGGAUGCAGUGAAUAAGCAGACUUUAUCUAUACUGAGAUGUUACCAUUCCAAGGGAGUAUGUUCAGUCAGCUUCAGUGCUACUGGCAAACUAUUGCUGUCUGUGGGACUAGACCCAGAACAUACUAUUACCAUUUGGAGAUGGCAGGAAGGUGCCAAAAUUGCCAGCAGAGCUGGUCACAACCAACGUAUUUUUGUGGCAGAAUUCCGACCAGAUUCAGAUACCCAGUUUGUCUCUGUGGGAGUAAAACAUGUGAAGUUCUGGACCCUAGUGGGAAGGGCUCUUCUUAGCAAAAAGGGGCUCCUGAGCACAUUGCAAGAUGCCCGGAUGCAGACCAUGCUCGCUGUUGCAUUUGGCGCAAAUAACUUGACGUUUACAGGUACCAUCAGUGGUGAUGUCUGUGUGUGGAAAGAUCACAUAUUGUGUAGAAUCGUGGCCAGAGCUCACAACGGGCCCGUGUUUGCCAUGUAUACUACCCUGCGAGAUGGACUUAUUGUGACCGGCGGCAAGGAAAGGCCGUCAAAAGAAGGAGGAGCAGUUAAACUGUGGGAUCAGGAACUGAGGCGGUGCCGUGCCUUCAGGCUUGAGACAGGACAAGUCACAGAUUGUGUUCGUUCUGUGUGCAGAGGCAAAGGCAAAAUACUAGUUGGGACAAGGAAUGCUGAAAUAAUUGAAGUUGGAGAGAAAAACGCAGCAUGUAAUAUUUUAGUUAAUGGUCAUGUGGAUGGACCGAUCUGGGGACUGGCAACACAUCCUUCCAGGGAUUUUUUCCUUUCUGCUGCAGAAGAUGGGACAGUGAGACUCUGGGAUAUUGCUGAUAAAAAGAUGUUAAACAAAGUGAAUCUGGGACAUGCUGCUCGUACUGUGUGUUAUAGCCCUGAAGGGGAUAUGGUGGCUAUUGGAAUGACAAAUGGAGAAUUUAUUAUUUUACUAGUGAGCUCUCUAAAAAUAUGGGGAAAGAAGAGAGAUAGACGAUGUGCAAUCCACGAUAUCAGAUUCAGUCCAGAUUCGCGGUAUCUGGCAGUGGGUUCCAGUGAGAACUCAGUGGAUUUUUAUGACCUCACAUUGGGCCCCACCCUUAACAGAAUCAGCUACUGCAAAGAUAUUCCAAGCUUUGUCAUUCAAAUGGACUUCUCUGCAGACAGCAGGCAUCUCCAGGUCUCUAGUGGCUGCUAUAAACGGCAUGUCUAUGAAGUGCCUUCAGGAAAACAUCUUAUGGAUCAUGCUGCUAUUGACAGAAUUACCUGGGCUACAUGGACUAGUAUUCUAGGAGAGGAAGUUAUGGGAAUCUGGUCCAGACAUGCAGAGAAAGCCGACGUCAACUGUGCCUGUGUGUCUCAUUCAGGAAUCAGCCUUGUAACAGGAGAUGACUUUGGCAUGGUUAAGUUAUUUGACUUCCCAUGUCCAGAAAAAUUUGCAAAGCACAAAAGGUUCUUGGGUCAUUCACCCCAUGUGACAAAUAUUCGAUUUACUAGCGGUGAUCGACAUGUUAUUAGCGCUGGAGGUGAUGACUGCAGUUUAUUUGUCUGGAAAUGCGUACAUAUGCCUCACUGA